AGAGCCGAAGAUGUCGGCUCAGUCAUGUGAUCAGCUGUGUCCAAUCACAGCUGAUCACAUAAGAGAGCCAGUAAUUGGCAUUCCUUGAAUCAGUCAGUGCCACCUGUCAGUGUUCAUCAGUGCCAGCUGUCAGUGCUCAUCCAUGCCACCUGCCAGUGCCCAUCAGUGCCACAUUUUAGUGCUUACCAGUGCACAUCAAUGCCACAUAUCAGUGCCCAUCUGAGCUGUCUUUCAGUGUCACCCAUCAGUGCUAGUCAGUGCCACCUAUCAGUGCUGCCAGUCAGUGCCACCUAUCAGUGCCAGUCAGUGCCACCUAACAGUGCCAGUCAGUGCUGCCUAUCAGUACCAGUCAGUGCCACCUAUCAGUGCCACCUAUCAGUGCCAUAUAUGAAUGCUGCCUUUCAGUGCCCAUCAGUGAUGCCUGUCAAUGCCCAUCAG